AGACGUCUGCAUGUUAGAAAUCGGGACAUCGGGUAUCGGCACACGUGUAUUGGGUGAGGCAUGGGAAAAUGAAAAAUUACUAGAUUGAUAUCGCCAUUAAGUUAAAAGUUGUUUUUCAACACGUGGAAAAUGGAAUUACCCGAUGCACAGAAAGAAUUCAUGGAAAUUCUGCAUCGAGCGAAGGAUCCAUCAGUAAUAAAUGGGUUUUUGAGUUGGGUUAAAGAGAACUGGUUUGCUGGUGACAACAAUUUGAAUAUAGGCAGCAAUGAAACAGCAAUUGUUGUUAACGGAGUUGAAGCUGACGAGCUUCUUGAAAACAUUGCUACUGAUCUAAGGCAGCUUCUUCCGAUGGAAGCCCAACUACCAUCAGAAACCAUCAUUUUCCCCAAAACUGGCCAAAAUGCAGACUGUCAUCCUGCUACAACAUUAAAUGUUGAUGGUUUCCUUUACGAUGAUAGGCUAGUGGAUGCCUUGUGUGAUGAAGGAAAGCUACCCAAAAACUACUGCACAUCGUGUGGUUCAAGGAAUACAAAACCAUUGACGUUCAUUUCUCAUUCUGCGUCACGAGACAACUUGGCCCAUGCCUUCAGGAAUCUCCUUCCUGAUUUAUCAGGAAAACAUCUUUUGGAUGUCGGUUCUCGUUUUGGGGCUGUCUUGUUUGGUGCAUUCGCCUACUCACACGCCAGCAGGAUCACCGGAGUGGAAAUCAAUCAACAACUUGCAGCUCUGUCACUGUCUAUGGUUCAAAAAUACAGCAUGCAGUCAAGGGUUGAAGUCUUCACGGGUGACAUUCGCCAAUUUCCGCAUUUAGUUUCAUCCGCGGACGUGGUGGUGAUGCACAACGUGUUUGAAUUUUUUGCUCCGCCGGAAGUGCAGCGUGAUUUAUGGCUGGCACUGCGACAACUCAUCAAACGCGGCGCCCUCAUCUUGACGUCGCCGUCGCUGGAUCAAGCGCUUUCCACGCUCGACACAAACAUCCAGCUGGACCAGUGGGUGGAGCUCCUGAGUCAGCCAUCCAACAUUGCAUCAUCAUCCAUGGAUGACGACGACGACGACGACGACGACGACGAUGAAGAGUCUGUGCCCGAAAUGGAUUUAGUACAUUUGUACCGCGUGCUUUGCAGGGCGCACAAUCCACGGGGAGGACGAGCGGAGAGAGUACGGCUGGAUGGAAUGGAGGUGGAGAGACGUUGACCCACAUACCAUCAGCAAACGACUUUCGGCGCGCGCGCGCACACGGCCCUCUCUUCCGCCUAAAGAGAGCGAAAAGAAAGAAGAAAAAAAAACCAACCGAUACA